AAAAAACUCAAACUCCCUCCACGGUUGAGUCAAUAGUAGUUUCUUUUCCUGUCUAUUCUACGAACCAAAAGUUACCAAAUGGUGGAUUUGGUGAUUUUUUGCAGAGAGGUUAAUAAAUAUCCGGAGUUAAAUACUCGUCUUCACAAUGACCGAAGACGUGCAGAGACACUCCGUACAUACGUUAGUAUUCCGUUCCUUGAAACGGUCUCACGACAUGUUUCUCUCAAACCAGGGACUACUGCCAUCAGUGGACGAAAAAGCCGAAAUGGUGCGAAAAGCCAUAAAAGCCCGUGACUUGUACGGCCUAGUCUUUGACGACGUUAAGAAAAUGCAAGCUAUGAAGCACUUACGGGAGGCAGAAGCUGGGCCAAACCCCCCACCACCGGGCACACGCACUGACGACGCGGCCCCAAACACCGAGGGGGCUGUUGUACCGUACACUGACACAAGUUUGAUGACACGAAGCGUCCAAAAUAACACACAAAACCAGCUCGCCAAUUUAAUGAAAAAAGUCCCCACAAUGCCAAAGCCGAAAUGGCACGCCCCUUGGAAGCUAUACAGGGUGAUUGCGGGGCAUUUGGGGUGGGUCAGGUGUGUUUCGGUGGAGCCAGGAAAUGAGUGGUUUGCGACCGGCGCAGCGGACCGAAUAAUAAAAAUCUGGGACCUGGCAAGUGGGCAGUUGAAAGUGUCCCUAACUGGGCAUGUGAGCACGGUCAGAGGGUUGGCUGUGAGCAGUAGACACCCUUAUUUGUUCAGUUGCGGUGAAGACAGACAGGUCAAGUGUUGGGAUUUGGAGUACAACAAAGUCAUUAGACAUUACCAUGGCCAUUUAUCGGCUGUAUACUCUCUAGCGCUUCACCCCACAAUCGAUGUUUUAUUAACAGCAGGGCGUGAUUCAACAGCCCGGGUUUGGGACAUGAGGACGAAAGCAAAUGUUCACACUUUGACCGGCCACACGCAUACUGUAGCUAGCGUGGUGGCGCAAGCCUCCGAACCUCAAGUUAUCACAGGAUCUCAUGAUACCACAAUCAGAUUAUGGGACCUGGCAGCUGGGAAAUCAAUUUGUACGCUUACCAAUCACAAAAAGAGCGUUAGAGAUGUGAUUCUCCACCCGACUUUGAACAUGUUCGCGUCGGGCUCACCCGAUAACAUAAAACAGUGGAAAUGUCCUGACGGGAAAUUCAUACAGAAUUUGUCCGGUCAUAAUGCUAUUGUUAAUUGUCUCGCUGUCAAUCCAGAAGGCGUCCUGGUUUCAGGGGGCGAUAAUGGAACUUUACAUUUCUGGGAUUGGAGGACCGGUUACAAUUUCCAAAGAUUACAAGCCCCAGUACAACCUGGGUCAAUGGACAGUGAAGCUGGAAUAUUCUCAAUGAUUUUCGACAAUUCUGGCUCAAGAUUAAUCACAACUGAAGCUGACAAGACCAUCAAAAUCUACAAAGAGGAUGAAACUGCGACUGAAGAAACGCAUCCGAUUAACUGGAAACCCGAUAUUUUGAAACGGAGGAAAUUCUAAUUCUAUGAUUAAAAUAAUUUGUAUUUUUAUAAAAAUAAUAAAUAAAAUUUUAUGAGCUA